UAAAUACAGGAAGUGCUAAAAGACUUGAAUUAAGCGGAAUCCGCCUUACAUUCCUAUGUUCGGAGUAGUUGGACCCAUCGCUUGCAGGGCUGGGCACUUCCCAUGCCAUUCAUCCCCUUGCGCGAACGUGUAGUAGCUAAUAUGUUGCUUUACGUUUAAGAUGAGGAUGUCACUUCGUCGCCAACCAGGAUGGUGGUCGCCGCUGCUGCUGCCGGCUUUCGUCGUUAUCCUUAACUGCGUCGCGAUGUGCCGGUCACACCCCAGUAUCAAUGUGUACCUCAGAACCGGAAUAUUGCAGCUUGGAAAUGAAAGGUCGACAUCGCAGCAACCACCUAUGCAAGAUUUUGACUCAUUACCGGCAGGCCUUCCCGCUCUGUUGCGGGCGCAAUCUUUUUAUGUUUCAUAUGCCGACGCGUCGAGUCGCGAUGCACUGCAUCAAUACCUCACACGGAAGGCCGCACUUAUUUACAGCUACGUUCCUGACAACACCUGGCUCGUACAUACAACCACUUAUGUCAUUUCCGCUGUCCUGGAACAAGGCCUGGCCGUCUACGCGGUACCAUGCACGUCCCAGCACAAAAUUGCGCCCGAGUGGUCGGGCUUGCUCGAAGACGGUGGUGUCGCCAGUGGAUGGGCGGUGGCGGGCAGCGGGAGCACUAGCGGCUCAAGCAGUAGCGCAGCAGCGAGUGCUCUCGAAAACUCAGCUGUGAACGAAGGCGGUAAGAAGAAGUACAUCAUAACCGCGCAGAUCUUUAGCCCAGCCACGUUUGGCAACUCAGAUGCCACUCGGGCCCUAGCAAAGCAGCUGGCAGCGUCUUGGUUGCAGCCCCUGGCGGACGUUAUCCGUGCAGCCGAACCCAAUCGUUCCCAGGACGCUGCAGCCGCCUGCACGCCCAGGCUGCGCGCCCGCGGACAGCUGCUGCAGGCGGUCGUGUGCGCAAGCGACACAGCCACUGCAAUCACAUGGCUGGCAGCCCGGUCGGAAGUGCACUGGCUGGAGCCCACUCCGCGGCUGACCCGCCGGGACAUCUGGGGGGACCUUUUGGUGCAGGCAGGGGGUCGCGGACUGGGCGAGGCGGCGUACGCGCAGCCGACCAACGUGGCCGGGCAUCGGUUUUGGUCUCGCGGGCUGGAUGGCAACGCGCAGGUGGUGGGGAUAUCCGACACCGGGCUGGACACGGACAGCUGCUACUUCUUUGACCCCCUGGUCCCCGACGUGUGGCGCCGGAUGGUGUACGACCCCACGGGCCUCUGCGGUAAAGUCCUCAACACCGCCGCACACCGGAAGCUCGCCAGCUACUGCGCGUUCCAAGACUUUGGAGAUGCUGACGGUCAUGGAACGCACGUCACCGGCAUCGCAGUUGGCGCCUGCUCCAGCCCUGCAACCCCGCCCUCCCCGCCACUUUCACCACCUCCCAAACCCAAACGCCGCCCUCCACCGCCACCUGGAAAUGCCACUGAUGACAGCAGUACUGCUGGUCCGGCGGCCACUGUCGUACAAUCGCAGCUGCCGUACAUUGUGGACGAAGCCACCGGCAUGGCCCCGGGUGCCCGGCUGGCGUUCUACGACAUCAUGGACCGACAAGGCACGUACGGGCUGCCGCCGUACGGGGACCUUCUGUCGUACCAGCUGGGGGCUGGGGCGUUGAUUGAGUCUGACUCUUGGGGCAGCAAGCAGACCUACUGGUACAACAGCCUGAGCCAGCAGCUGGAUGAGUUCCUCUGGCACUACCCGCAGCUGCUGGUGCUCAACGCUGCGGGCAACGACGGCAGGACGCAGCCGCCGCCGCCCAACGGCACCGUCUCCGCGCCCGCCAACGCCAAGAACAGCGUCGCGGUAGGCUCCUCCGUCAGCGCCACCAGCAGCAGCGGCAACGAGGGCAGCCUGUGGCUGCAGCUCUGGACAGGCGGACCGGAUCCGGCAAGUGCUAAUGCUGCCGCUAGCUCGAAUGGCAGCACCGCGCCUGCCCCACCUCCGGGCAUCAAUGCCAGUUUACAGCUGAACCUCUAUUUCCAGCUAAAUACCACAGCGUCGGACUUUCGUACGCUUCGUGACCUGGAUGGAAGCGUGCUGGAAAUCGUAGUUGCGGCACCCUCCACCGCCUGCCGCAAGCUGACCAAUGCAGCGCAGAUUAAACCCGCUGCCAGCUCUGGUCUGCCCAAGCUGGCUGUACUACUGCAAGGCAGCUGCGCACUGGCAAACAAAGUUGCAGCAGCAGCCACCGCCGGCGCGGCAGCAGUGGCCAUUGCGAAUGACAGCCCCGGGCCUCAGACUGUGCUAAUCGGCAACACUAACAAUGCAACUUUGCCAGUUGCAGGGUUGCAACAGGCGGUGGGACAGCAGCUCAUAACGGCGCUGUCAGCUGGCCUACGGGUCUUUGCGCGCGCAUCUUGGCAGCCGCGAGCAUUGUACGACAAUAUUCCGUCGUACUCUGCGUAUGGGCCCACGUGGGAUGGCCGCAUCAAGCCGGAUGUGGUGACGCCGGGGGUGAAUGUGCUGUCCGCGUACACGGACUUUGUGGCGGCGGGUUUGAGUGAUGGGUGUAAGUUGCGGCAACGGCUCAGUGGGACGAGCAUGUCUGCACCGCUGGCGGCGGGAGCGGCGGCGCUGGCACGGCAGUACUUUACAACGGGAUUCUAUCCCCUAGGACGCAACGACACGCCAGGCGCCGCACCCUUCGCGCCCAGCGGUAUGCUGCUGAAGGCGGUGCUGAUCGGCGGCGCAUACGACAUGAGUGGCGUGUCGGAGCAGACGCUGCUGCCCCUGCAGCCAACACCAUCGGCCCUCCAGGGUUACGGUCGUGUCGACCUCUCCAGGUCGUUGCCGCUCUCAGACGACCCCACCACAGCCUCCGCUCCCCCGCCUCCGCCGCCCACAACCACAACCGCCUCAGCCACCUGCUCCCCGCGACUACAGCUGGUAGAUUUGGUGCCCAUAUCCGAGGGCGCGGUGCACUCCUACCGCCUGACCGCCCGGGCUGCCGGGCCCAUCGUGGUCACGCUGGUGUGGGUGGACGUCCCUGCUGACCUGCGGGCUGACGUGGCGCUCGUCAACAACCUGGACCUGCAGGUAGUGAUUACACCAGCGACCGCGAAUGCUACCGCUGGCGCGACUGGGAGUAGCAGCAAUGCAACGCAGACGGUUGUGGUAUGGGGAAAUCCUGGGUGGAACCGUGGUAUCGGCGCUAGGAACUGGGGCAUCGGCAGCAGCGGCGGCGGCGGCGUGAACAGCACGAGCAAUGGCAGCGGCGCUGAUGAUCGGAACAACGUGGAGAGGGUGACCAUUGGCUCAGACGUGACGGGCACGCUUGAGGUGCGGGUGCUGGGUACGGCAAUAAACUCACGCUUCAUCUCCCGCUUUGCGUCGGAUGUGCAGCGCUACGCCCUCACGGUGCAUGGCUGCUUCUCGGGGCUGCUUGUCAGCAAGUACAACCCUGAUCCCCGGGCGAAACCCCCGCCACCGCCCUCGUCGCCACCGUCACCCACGCCACCAAAGAAGGCGACUAAGAAGCCGCCUUCCUCGUUGAGACACCGGAUUUGAGGAUGGGGCACAGGAACAAGCAGCAAAGGGAGCUGCUGGGACCAGCUGACGUACCCGCGUUCCAAGAACGAGGGUGGAAAAUUGUAGCCAGGUUUGGGCCUGCGCGUGUUUCUCAAUGCAUUACAGUGGUGGUAUUGGAUUAGCUGAGACGCCUCGUGGCACUGCUAGUUAUCUUAGGCCUGGUACUGAGCAUUGCUCGCGCUGUUAGCAGAUGCCUAUGUGAGGAUUGUUCACUUCUUAGGGUCGCCCCUGAGGUGGGUGCACCAUGCAUCCAUUAGUUCUGUGAUACACAUCAGCUGGCAUGUUCGCAUGUAUACAGGUAGUCUGAUUUACGUACUAUCAUAGUAUACCUACUAAUAAUGGCCCGUGUGCGGGACGACCAUUACAUUACGUUGGGGUUACGAGGAGGAAAAUAGCGUUACGGUAGCCGCACAUCCGUCUUACCCCAUGCCCGGCUAGGCUUGUAGCCGUCCUUUCCAGACAGUAACUGUUCGUGCCUGUGCUUUGCCAAUUCUUUCUUCACUCCUUAAUUCGUUUCCAUUCGCAUUAUCACUUUGUGCGUCGCAUGAUAUGCGUGUGACGUUACGAGUGGACACACACCGCCCCAUUGGGCAGUCAUCCGGCGCAAACUGUGGUUAGUAGCAGACUGUGGUUAGUAGUAGGCUGUAGUUGUUGGCUAUGGUCGUACGGUAGUGCACGUUGCGCUGUUCUUCCUGC